UCUCGGACAAGCCGCCGUACGGGACGGAUGCGAUUUUUGUUCGUUUACGGAACUAUAUUUUUCUUACAUAAAUAAAAUUUGAAUAUUCAAGUGUUUGUUUAAAUAGUAUUGACUUGUAUAAUUUGUGAUGUAUUUUGUAUGACUGUUUAAUUGUAUAUUGUUGUACGAUAGAUGGAAUUUAUGUGUUUUUGUGUUUAAAAUUUAUGUGUUUUGGUGAUUUGGGAUUUCGUGUCGACGAUCUAUGAAAUACGAUAAAGAAAAUGGCAUUUAAUAUAGAAUAGCACCUGCAGCAAAAAUGGCUUCCAACACUCCAGAAUCUGAAUACGAGAGAGAAAAUACAGAAUGUCAAACAGAUAGAAUACCGAAACCGAGCAAGUUAGAAAACAAAAUAGAUGCAAAGGUAGUUAAUUCAAAAAUACAGAUCAAAACAAAUAAUAAAAUGAGAAAGCCACAUUUAUUAUAUAAUAAUUUUGGAUACAAAGAAGAAUUGUCGAGAAGAGUAGCUGUCAAGAGAGAAUAUGGGUGCUUUAAUUACUGUUUCAUUAGUGUGUGUCUAAGUUUCUUACUAGGCUUAGCAAUUGGAAUAGCAAUCGUUGGACCUCCUCAUAGAAGAGUGAUUACUCCUAAUUUUAGUUCGAAGAAAUUAGUGAGAAUAAACACGAGCAGAGAAGAGCAGAGAAUCUUAAACUCUGUGAAAUAUUCUGAUAAUGUAAAAUUAGAUGACAGUUCUAAUCCUGAUAGAAAUGUAGAUAGAUUUGCGACAGUUUCCUUUACUGGACCGAUAGAUCCUCAUAAACAUAAUAAAGAUGUUUACCCUCAAAGUCUCACAGAAGACAUGAAAGAAAUACUUAAAGACAAUAAAGUAACCAAACAUAAGCUGGUCAUAUCUAGCGUUAUCAACUCAACUCUACACGUUCCUAGCACAGAUACAGUUUUGUAUGAUAACAUAUUCUGGGGGCCAGAGGUCGAAAAUUCAAUGCCGCAAGGUUAUGGAGAAAAUUCCGCAGAAAUUUGGGAGAAAUACGUCGACCAGAGCGAGGUGAUCAAGAUGGAGCCGGGCUGCGGGAGAAUGCAGAACCGUCUGAUAACUUUCAAAGACGGUAUCCAAGCUUGCGUGCGUUACAGACAGAAUACAGACCAAAUCCAAGGAGAAAUCUUUAGUUUUUAUGUAGCUAGGUUAUUAAAUUUGACCAAUCUAGCGCCAUCUGUUGUCAAAGUCGUUGAUUUAAAAGAUAAAUUAUGGCAAGGGGUUGCUAAUGACAUAGCUUCAGCGCAGUGGAACACAAACAGAGCAGUUGUUCUGACUCAGUACAUCCCGAGCCUAGAAUCUGCUACCAUACCUGAAAUAUUCAAACCAUCAACGCGACAUUUGAACAAAUAUGACGUUUUUAAAAUGUCACAAAAGGAAAACAUCACGAUGGAACCAAACAAGCAGAUUCUGUUGGACAAACUGAGAACAAAGAGUAUUAAAGCAAAAAAAUCGAUUGAUAAUUUUGAUUUUAUUGACGCUAAGUUAAAUAAAAAGACGAUUGAUUUGUUCGUCGAACUAGCGCAGUGGUCAGAUUUGAUCAUAUUUGACUAUUUAACAGCGAAUUUGGACAGGAUAGUCAAUAAUUUAUUUAACUUCCAAUGGAAUGUGAACAUUAUGGACGGUCCAGCGCAUAAUUUAGCUAGAAAGAUGGACAGCGGGUUACUUCUAUUCUUGGACAAUGAGUCUGGCCUGUUACACGGGUACAGACUGUUGAAGAAGUACAAUGUGUACCAUAGUUUGAUGCUUGAUAACUUGUGCGUGUUCAGACAAAGGACGGUCGAUGCGUUGAAGAGCUUGCACGAAAGCUCGGUAGGUGGUAAACUAAGUGAUAUGUUUCAUAGGAAGAAUAAUCCAGUGAUAAGGGACAUUUUACCACCUUUGCCAGAGAAGAAUGCGAAGGUUUUACACGAUAGGAUAGGAAAGGUUUUGAGUCAGAUCGAAAAGUGUACACAGACUUUUUCUAAUAGAUAGAAUUUUUUUUAAUUGGGCUCGCACUGAAAACUUCUUUUUUUUGUAAUUUU